AUGAAUUCUGCGAAUGACGCCGAGGCCGAAUUUCUUCACGAAGAUCGCCUUGCACUACUUCAGAAUCUGGAGAAUGCUCUCGACUUUGCAGUGGUCCCACCAACAAUCUGGGCGUGCCUGUGGCUCUCUGAUAUUGCGAAUCUACGGAAUUUAGUAUCACGAGUUCAGCAGGACUCAAUCCCCUGGCCAUCACAUUUCAGAAACAUUGAGAGUGAACUCCAACUGGUCAAAAUGUGGACUCAACGAAGUGCAUCAGCCUCUGACGCCUCCACUCCACUUCAAUCUCUCACCCCACAAGGCCAACAAGGUGGAUCGGCCUCUAAUUCCUCGACUCCACAAACACUUGCCAACCCUUUAUUUACAUCCCCCUUACGAGGCGACCGUGGACGCAAGAGGACCGCCAGUGGACAGCCGCGCCCGUUUCCAGCAGAGAGUAGCUCUGCUGGAAGUGGCCGCCGCUCACGGAGUGCGAGAGACCUCUGUCAAAAGAGAGAUAAAUGGAAAUGUGUCCUAACAAAGGACGACGGCGCCGUUGAAGUUGCCCACAUUUACCCGUUCUGCAUGAGGCACGUAAUCGAUAGUCCCCCAGCCGCAGGUCGCACAGUCACCUUUUGGAAUGCCUUGAGACUGUUCUGGUCCGAAGACCGUGUGAGGGCUUGGCUAAGAUCAAUAUUCCCUGCAGGGACAGAAGUUUGCAAUAAUAUGAUUUCUCUCACGGCGACCGCCCACAAGUAUUGGUCAAAUGGUUACUUCGCCCUAAAGCCGGUCGAACUCUCAGAUGACCAAAAAAGACUCCAGGUACGGUUCUAUUGGCUGUCAAAAAAUCCAUAUGUUCCGAUUGCCAACAUCACGACGUUUCCAUCGCUGUCGUUGGAGGAUUCAGAUCACGGUCCAGGCGCAGCCAGGUUGUUUGAUCAUGAGGACUGCAAGGUGAUUCGUUCCGGAGAUACUUUCACUCUCGAAACCGACGACCCGGACUCACAACCACUUCCUGACUUCAAGCUGCUGGAGCUGCAGUGGUUCUUGCAACGUCUCACAGCGCUAAGCGGGGCGGCUGAUGCUCCAGACGACGACGACGACGACGACAGUGAGUUCGGAGACGAAUAUGGCAACAUAUAUGAGUCAGACAUAGACGUGGGGGGACCGGUCGAAGGGAGGGAGCGAUUUUAG